AUGUGGACCAGAGGCGCGUCACGCCGGGUGGGCGUGGCCAGCCGCGGUGGAUAACGCCGUAUCCUCCGUUACCUCUCAGCAGAGAUCCAGUCCGACACGGGAGAGGAGCGGAGGAGCCGGGACAGCUGACCUCCUCGCGCAAAUUUGAACUGCAAGAAGAAGAAGAAGAAGAAGAAGUGGGGAGGGCGAGUGGUGGCGUUGGGAUGGAGACACACGAGAUCCUUUUAUUCACCUUCCUCGCCUCGCACUACACCUUCAACUGGCUCUUCAUCGCGUGGAUCCAAUCCCAGAUCGUGCCAAUAGACCAGACCAACUAUGGAUUGCACAAUUGAAGUUGGGCCACCUGAUCCUGUUUGCGCCAAGACAGCUGACCGAGAUUAGAGUACGAGAAGUCGUUAUGGACAGUUGUGCAAAUCGCUCAUUUCCUGCUCAGAGAGCUGGUGUCAAAAGCAGAGCCCCCGCCUCAGGAUACCACAUCUGCUCGACGCGCGUAAAGGACGUGGACAUAACGGUGCCAUCGCACGCCGCCUGAAGCCCCCCCUCCUCUCUGCUAUGUCUGAGUAAUGAUGGAGGAGAGCUGUAGUUAGAGUAGAGGGUGCGCUUGUGUGGCUGUUGUGUUUGUGCCGGCUGUGAUGUGAGAGUGGCGGACAGCCUUUUUUAUUAUUAUUAUUAUUAUUGCGCGCCUACCAAUUGUGCGCCGCAGUUUGAUCCACACGCACGGACCGUUUCCACCGCAGCACGUCCCGCACUCUGUCACGGGGCCACAACACCCGCUGUGACAGCUUCCACGGAAAAUCUUUUUUUCUCUCUCUCUCUUUUUUUUUUCUUGAAGUCCUGUGAACUGAACUUUCACUGAAACCCAGAGAGAUUUAUUUUUUAAAAGCAGCACCUGUGUGGAAGGUAUGGCGCUGCCGGAUAGUGGCAUAUCUGGGGAGGAGGUCCCCUUCCCGGAGAUUAUCGAACUCAAUGUGGGCGGCCAGGUGUACAUAACCCGCUAUUCCACCCUCACAAGCGUGCCAGAGUCCCUGCUCGGGGAGAUGUUCAGUCGAAAGUCAGCCAAAGGACUGGCCAGGGACACCAAGGGUCGCUUCUUUGUGGACCGCGAUGGCUUUCUGUUCCGUUACAUCCUGGACUACAUGCGGGACCAGCAGCUGGUUCUUCCGGACCACUUCCCCGAGCGCGGGCGACUGCAGAGGGAGGCUGAGUUCUUCAACCUGCCCGAGCUCGUCAAGCUGCUGGCGCCCAAGAUCAGCAAGCAGAACUCCCUCGGCGACGAGGGAUGCCAGAGCGACCCAGAGGACUCCUCACCCGGCAUCGACUCGGCCCGCAACCUCGGCUCCCUGGGUGCUGCCGCCGCCGCCUGUGCCAGCGUGGUGCCCGGCGCCCUGGACAACAAACGGUCCGGGUUCAUCACCAUCGGGUACCGAGGCUCAUACACCCUGGGCCGCGACAGCCACACCGAUGCCAAAUUCCGCCGGGUGGCGCGGAUCAUGGUGUGCGGGAAGACCUCUCUGGCCAAAGAGGUGUUCGGGGAGACGCUGAACGAGAGCCGCGACCCGGACCGGCCCCCCGAGCGCUACACGUCCCGCUACUAUCUCAAGUUCACCUUUCUGGAGCAGGCUUUUGACAAGCUGGCCGACGCAGGCUUCCACAUGGUGGCCUGUAACUCCACCGGAACCUGCGCCUUUGCCCACGAGCAGACGGACGACAAGAUCUGGACCAGCUACACUGAAUAUGUGUUCUACCGUGAGUGAGACUAUCGGCUUUGUCCCCCCCCCCGUCCCCCCGUCCCCCCGUCCCCGUCCCCCUACCCCUGUCUCCAAGUGCCCCCCCUCCUCUCCUCCGGCCUCCAGCCAUCUCCCUGAUGGCUCCUGCACCAGUAGAUGUACCGUAGAUGUUGUUUCCUUCCAUCUCCUCCUGCAGCCUCCAGCUUUUUACCCCAUGAACAGAACCCAGCAGCUGCCUCGACUCUUCAGCCCCCCCACCUUCCCAUCCUCAGGUCUCCAACUUCUGCCAUCGCCCUAGUUUUAGCCCCCAUCCACGGCCUUUCCUGCAGAGACUGAAACCUUCUUCUGUGUACUAUCUCUCCCCCAUUUUGUACCCUGAUAUAUUGCAUCUGCCUUGGUGAAGCACAGUACUGUAUCCAAGGGCAUUUUUUUUUUUUCCUCCCUACUGUUUUUUUGUCAAAUAAGCGCCCCGGUGUGUCUACAUGACUGUUGACCCAGUCAUGAAAGGGCAUGAAGGGAAAGGGCUUCAAUGAGGGGCCGUGAUGCUCAGUGCUAAACUUUGUUUUUGCCUGCAGAUCGGAACUCUCUCCUGCUCCUCUGAACUAAAAAAAUUUACCAAAUAGUUGGACAUCUUUAUCAGCCAUGAGGGGACGUGAGCAGCCCCAGCACAAGAGAGAAUAAUUUCCCUUUUUAUUAUUAUUAUUAUUAUUAUUAUUAUUAUUAUAAUUAUUAUCAAAUGUGUCCAGUACCAUGUGUUUAGGAACGUGCCAUAUCUGUUCAGCUUGUUGUUAUGAAUGAAUGAAUGAAUGAAUGGAUGAAUGAAUGAGGGCGAUGAUGAUACAGUCACAUGGACAGAGAGGUGGAGAGAAGGAGGGAGGGAGGAGGUGCGUUGACGUUUUUAUUUAGAGAGGGGAGAGUGGAUGGUUGGGGUUGUGUUGGGUUUUUGAUGGAAAGAAAUUGAAAAAAAAAAAAGAAAGAAAGAAAGAAAAAAGGAGAAGCACACGAGGAGAUCUCGCGAGGGAAAGAGGUUGAAAACGAUGAAGUGCGCGUAUUGAUCGUACAAGGGAGCCUUCGGUGUUUUAAUCACCCACGCCGGGAGGGCAGAGCAGAGGAGGUGGAAGGUGUAACAUCACACCUGCUCCACUGACUCUUAUCCGGUGGCCCAUCGAGCUUUUGCUUUGACGCUUACUUUUUCGCUCAGUUAGAUAUCCGAGGAGCGGCUUUACGGCCAGACGGGGGGGCGUAAAAGCCCCCCCGUCUCGCCGUAAACCUGCUCUAAAAGAAAAUGUUGGCGGUUGAGCGUUUCCGUGAACGCUAAUGUUAUCCUUAAUACUCAGCUCAGUAUUAGUUGAAGCUGUUGCAUAUUUGAUGACAGCUCUCACUUUACUGUAAGUGGACGCCCAGACGAAAAAGGGGGCGGGUUUGGAUCGCGCCGUAGCCAGGCCUGAUGGGGUUUAAAUACCCAGCACAGUAGCAAAGGGUGAUAGGUUAAGUUAUAGGAGGAGGGUCGUCGCCAGGUACAGCCUCAGGACAGGUCUGCCACAUCAUAUACCUCAGACUGUGAAUCACAAACUGAAGGCACUCGAAAACCAGCAGAGGAUCCGGGUGACGACGUUCAAAGUGCAGACAGGCCGCUGAAUGAAGAGGUUGAAUAUGAAGCGACCGAGGCAGCAUAAUAUAGUGCAGGAUUUUGUUUCUCCCCGAGCUAGAAAGGUGUCAGAUUGUAGCUUUUUUUUUUGGCAGAGCGUCUCGUCGGUGACAAUAAAUGUAUUCUGAAGAAGAAAAAAAAAGAACAACAACAACAAAAAAAUGUCUAGAAAACCGCAAUGUUGUGUUUUUCAGUGUGAUGAAGUUGCUGUUGACAUCUGAGUCAGUCAUGUUAGAUCCGCCGCUGCAGUGUGUCGCUGCAGGCGUAGACGACACUGAGAAUUAAAAGUGUUCAGCAUAAAAAAAAGAAAAGAAAAAGAAAAGCAAUUGAUUUGUCAAAUAAAAAGAUGUUUUUCUUUCUA